UUCACGAACGUCACGGGGUCGUUCGCGAUUCCGACGUUUGCUGUGCCUGCGGGCGACGAUCCGAGUGACCGCUACAUCGCAUCCCUCUUAGUCGACCUUGGUUCCGUCAACUGCGAGAACGGCAUCUUCGCUGGUAUUAACAUGGAGAUUAAGAAUGGUUCACAGUUUAUCAAUGCCUUUUGGACGAGUUUCCCUAAUGGUAGCGAUCACUUCUUCCCCAACGUUAGCUUCGCGCAGGGCGACAACAUAACGGUUUCCAUUUCCAUGACGAAUGCGACGUCGAGCACGGCGGUCAUAACCAACGAGAGCACAGACGAGAGCUCCACCGUGGCCAUUGAGACCGGCCCUAUUUGCUCGCAGGCGGAAGUAGCAUGGGCGCUAGAUGCCGAAUUGAACGAUUCCAAUGACAUCAUCCCUUUCGUCGACUUUGGCACGGUCAACAUCACUGCAUCUGCCGAGACCUCGUCAGGCCCUAUCGACAUCUCUAACGCAACCAUUAUAACCACAGUCCAGAACGGCACUACUGUUGCUUCCGCCUCGCUCGAGGGCGAGAUCGUCACUAUUGCCCUCGUCUAA